CACUGACCCCCGCGCCGUGCCGCGCCGCACCAGCUCCAUCAUGAACGUGCCCGGGGAGUCGACGCUGCGCCGGGAGUUCCUGCGACUGCAGCAGGAGAACAAGAGCAACUCGGAGGCCCUGAAGCAGCAGCAGCAGCUCCAGCAGCAGCAGCCCCGGGACCCCGAGGCGCACAUCAAGCACUUGCUGCACCAGCGCCAGCGCCGCAUCGAGGAGCAGAAGGAGGAGCGGCGGCGCGUGGAGGAGCAACAGCGGCGGGAGCGGGAGCAACGGAAGCUGCAGGAGAAGGAGCAGCAGCGGCGAGAGGACAUACAGGCCCUGCGGCGGGAGGAGGAGAGGCGGCAGGCCGAGAGGGAGCAGGUACAGCGCCCCCAGCGCACACCGGACUCACCCCUUCCCUGCCUGCCUCCCCUCUGCUCCUGCUGCCUGCCUCCCCUGCGCCCGACGGCCUUCCCUGUCUUUCCCAUCCCCUAGAUUCCCCCUAUCUUUUCCAGCUUCACUCUCUCUCUGUUUUCUCCCACCCUUCAACCCCCACCCUGGCUCCUACCCUCCUCCUGUCUCUGUGCCUUCAUUCCCCAUCUUUCUGCCCCAUCCUUGACUCCUCACCCCUGUACCUGCCUUCGCGGGCGCUCCACCCCGGCUUCCUCCUCAUCGCCUGCCCUCCCGGGGCUCAUCCCACCCCGUCUGUCCUCUCUCUGAUUCUGCCCGCUCUCCUC